GCUCACACACAGAGAGGUAGAGAGACGGAGAGUGGGACAGAUCUGAGCUCGGGUCUGCUUCACAAACGCACACGAUCCCCAAACUUCAAACAGGGUUUCUUCGGAGCACCAGGAAUGUUUUAACAUGCUGUUUUUUCCCGCGUUCUCUGUGUAAUCGCGGGUUUGAGGUGUGUAUCAGAUCCCUGGUGUGUGUGAACUGUUUACUGCAGGACAGUUUGUUCCAGGACGACACUGCGUGUCUGUGUGUGUGUGUGUGUGUGUGUGUGUUUCACGAGUUAAGACGGAGCACGGAGCGGAUACGAUGAGCGUCGGCGAUGCAGCCCAGCUCGGGAACGCGGGACGACAUCACGGAGCGCAACGCGAGUUUGAUGUUUAACAGAAGCGCGAACCACUCAGGGGCUGAGUUCCCGGAGCUCGCCGAGAGGAGCGACUUGGUGAGCGAUGGAUCAGCCGUGCUGCGCAUCCUCAUCUCCACUAUUUACUCGGUGGUGUGCGCGCUCGGUUUGGUCGGCAACCUGCUCGUUCUGCACCUCAUGAAAUCGAAGCACGCGUGGAAAAAGUCGUCCAUUAACCUGUUCGUGACCGGGCUAGCCGUGACCGACUUCCAGUUCGUGCUCACGCUGCCGUUCUGGGCGGUGGAGAACGCGCUGGAUUUUACGUGGCCCUUCGGCAGGGCGAUGUGCAAGAUCGUGUCGUAUGUCACAGCUACCAGUAUGUACGCCAGCGUGUUCUUCCUGACCGCCAUGAGUGUGGCGAGGUACCGCUCCGUGGCGUCGGCGCUGAAGUGUGGACGCAGGCGCAAGCGUCCGUCUGCGCGCUGCGUCAGCGCCGUGAUCUGGGCGGCAGCAGUCGUGGCCGCGUUGCCACAUGCCAUUUUCUCCACCACAGCCACCGUGUCCAACGAGGACCUGUGCUUGGUCAAGUUCCCCGACCUCAACGGCGACGCGCAGUUCUGGCUCGGGCUCUAUCACGCCCAGAAGGUGCUGCUCGGCUUCCUGGUGCCGUUUGGCAUCAUCUCAGUGUGCUACCUGCUGCUGCUGCGCUUCGUCACGCACAAGCGCGCCAACGCGUCCGGCGCCAGGAGGCGCUCCAAAGUGACCAAAUCGGUGACCAUCGUGGUGCUGUGCUUCUUCUUGUGCUGGCUGCCCAACCAGGCACUGACCGCUUGGGGCAUCCUGAUUAAGCUGAACGCCGUGCACUUCAGCUACGAGUACUACACCGCGCAGGUUUACGUGUUCCCCGUGACCGUGUGCCUGGCGCACUCCAACAGCUGCCUCAACCCGCUGCUCUACUGCCUCAUGAGGAGAGAGUUCAGGAAGGCGCUGAAGGAGCUCUUCUGGCAGAUCGCCUCGCCCUCCAGUACGAACACGCGACCCUUCACGGCCUGCAGCAAACCUGAGCAUGAGAAGCAGGCGCGCUCUGUAGUGCCGCUCAGCACACCCGACCCUGGCCUCGUCUUCUACCCACCCGGUGUUGUGGUGUAUAACGGGAGAAAUGACCUUCUGCCGAACAGCACGUAGACUGGACCCCAAAAAAACAACAACAACAAUAAAAAUGUUCCUGGAAGAUAUUUUAGGCGUUAUUUUUGGUUGACUCCAUUACAGAACCCCUAAAAGUGCCUCCAGGAAUGAUUAAGAAGUGGAGCUGUGUGUGAACAGGAACUCUCAGUGGCUGCUUGGGGAAACUUACAGCCAUAAGAACCUGCAUGUCAGAAAUCUACAGAUUCACACUGGCUCCCAAACACAUACUGUCCUGUUUACAGAUAAACAGCAGGAGAGACAAGUUUCUUGUAUUUUAUUUAUUUAUCUAUUUAUUUACUAUCAGGAAAAAAAACAUUAAUUAAUAAUUAAAUACAAUACCAUUUUCUCUUAAUUAAUCAAUUAUUAAUAAUUAAUAAUGAAUUAAUUAAAAGUAAAUUCAUUAUUUUAAAGGUUUUUUUAACACUUUUUUCUUUUAACUGAUUGUAUUAACAAAAAUGUAAAAAAUUAUUAUUCCACAGAGGACACAUUACGGGUGUGUACAGUGUGUUUCUGUGUCAGUUCGUGGGUGUAUAACUCAAUAAUGUGUGUUCAACUCAAUUAUUAAUCAAAACAUAAUCAAGACCACUGAGUGUCUACAAGUAAAUAAACAAUGUGCUUUUAGGAGAGGAAAAAAAUCAUCAAAAUCACAAAUAUUGAAAUAAAGCAACUACAUAUCAAUACUUUUGUAUUUCUUUUUUUUUUUUUUUUUUUGUAGUGGUUACUGUCAAAACUCCAUCUCAUAGUGACACUGAAAAUCCAGCUGUAAUAUUUAAUCAUAAUUAGUUCUCACACUUAAGCGUCUUAAAAAUUCAUUGCACUUAAUAAAUGGAUAUUAAAGUAUAUUAACUGAUUAAUGAAUGUGGGAAUUUUAAAUAAAAAUCACUUUUGACUUGUGAAGAGGAACAGUCACAUACCAAUGUUAAGAAAACUGACAAAUACAAAGAUAUUUCUCUUGAUUUAUUGUAUCACUCUAUUAAAAAAUAUAAAAUACUAAUAUAUAAGUUCACAUUUUCUGUAUAAGCAAGUGUUAAUGUAUUAAUGUAAUCCUUAAUAAACAUGCACUAUAUACAGAUAUAACUGAUUCAAAAUUGAACUGUUUGUGACUAAAACAAAUUCUGUACUUCUGAUAUGUUUAUGGCAGUAGAUUGUUUUUAAAAUUAAUCACUAGCAUGGAAAGAAGAGAUUUAGCAUAGCACACAAGCAACACUAAUUUUAUUACCAUUACAGAAAGCUUGAAAAAGUAAGUAAAUGUGGUCAGAAAGCUAAGCUAGCUUCUAACAUCUCAUUUGAACAGCUUAUUGCUUUUGUAUGGUUAAAAAAGCUAGCAAAUAAGCUUACUAGCUGACUGAUUAGUCACUUUUUGACCAAGCUAGUUAACUAGUUAGUUAAAACUGUUUCCCCACAACUCUCAAUAACAAGAGAGUUUAUUAACAAGAGAUUUGAAUAACAAGAAAGUCUCUGUAUUAUAUGUGCAGUAUUGUCUGACUAAUUAGCUAGCAAUCUAGCAUGACCAUUAAGAAUACAAA